AUGUUGACAGGUGUGGUUUCCCAUCACGCUUAAAGAAGAUGCAUUUUAGGGUGACUGGGAUGCUGUGCCUUUAACAGUCGUAGAGGAACUUUUGGCAGAAAAAGUAUUACACAAGCAAAAAUGUCCUCUUUACACAAUUGCUUCUGUUCCUUGACAACAUUUCAAAUCUCACAUUUUCCCCAAGGAGUUCCGGUUGGUACACACAGUUCUUCCCCCUAACUUUUAUCCCCACAACUAAUGUUGUUGUUGUUGUUAAUAAUAAAAUAAGGUGCUAAUACGCACCAUGAAGUUGUUAUAGUAAUUGCCACACUUUUAACACUGCGGGUGGGGAAAGGUGCAGACACUGGCUACCCUUUGAGUACCUUCAGGAAAAAGCACUGCCCACAACGGCCCUGUGAGGUGGGUUAAGUCACGAAAAAGCACCUGGCCCAAGAUUACCCACUGACUUCCAUGGCUGAACAGGGAUUUGAUUGCCACUAGUCCAGGGUGAAGCAUUCUGUUAACUAGGCUAACCAGGCUCUUUACUAUCCUUUACAUCUGGUUAGAGUGAGCCAAGGUUGCAGGUUCAAUCCUCAUAAUGGACAGCUGCAUAUUCCUGCAUUGCAGGGGGUUGGACUAGAUGACCCCCAGGGUCCCUUCUAUGACCCUAGCUUAGAAAAAGGGAGCAGCUUGCUCAGAGCUCAAUCCAGCCUGUGAAAAUAGGCUUGCCAACUUUUCAACCGCCUCAUGUAGCUGUGCCUUAAUCUGGAGCAAUUAGCAGGUAGAGCUUUUCACAGCGCAGAAAUAAACCUGUUCUCUUCCAAGAUCCCACAGACCAAGUGGCUAUUAAAUAAAGCCUAGCUUGUAUGCAGCUCAGCUUCUUUCCCUUGCACAAAAGCAUUAUAAUAUUCUCUUGGUGGCUCACUGGGAGAGCAGGUCUACGCAUGUAACCGAGUGAGGUGGUAGAAUCCCAAGGUGGCUGAAGGGGAGUGGUCAAUUUAAGAUUGUAGGUGGGCAUGGCAUUUAAAGACACACACACACACACACACACACACACCACCUUCACCUAUUAAAUAAUAACACAUCUCCCUGCAGUAAAAAAAGUAGCACAUCAGUGAGAAACUGGGUCUAGUCUAGCUUGCUUCCUGUUGUGCUAGUUUUCUCCUUGCACUGCUCUCUUCCCACAUACAAAAGAAAUUUGAAAAUGUGAGCCGCUACUUGCAGUUUGAAGAGGUACCCAGGGCUGGCCUGAGAUGCAGUAUUUUGUUGCCUGUGGAGGGGGACAAGGCGGCACUGUUUCUCAUGCCAUGUACAAAAGUCAAAUUGAAUCUUACUGCAACACUGGCAGCGGGACAUUUUCAUUGACUGCGUCCAGAGCAGCAGGCUAGCUUGGGGAGGGGUUGCGUACACAAGGAAUGCCGCAAGGCACACAAAGGUUUGCCUUCCAAAACUUUGUAGACACUCCUUGCCCCACCUCACUCCACCCAAUGGUAGGACCGGCCCUGAGCCCAUUUUUAUACCUCCAUUUCACUUAUAUGUGUUGACUGGCAACACAAGGGAUGUGGAGCUGGGAGUGCUGAAACGCUCAUGUCCUGUAGGCAGCUGGCUGGAACAGGAUCCUGGGAUAGAUUAAAAUAAUAAUAAUAAUUAUCUUACAUUUAUAUCCCAUCUUUUUCUCCAAGGAGCUCAAGGUGACCUACAUAGUUCUCCCUCUCUCCAUUUUAUCCUCACAACGACCCUGUGAGGUAGGUCAAGCAGAGAGACUGCCACUGGUCCAAGGUCAAUAUGGCUGAAUGGGGAUUUAGAAUCCUGGUUUCCCAAGUCCUAGUCCAACACUCUAACCACUACACCUUACAGCCUCUCAAUAUAUAUGGAACAUUGUCCAGGAGGGCUCAUCUUAUGACCAGGCCUCACACAUGGGAAAAGGGACAUGCAAACUCUUCUCCUGUUGGAGAAGCUGCAAAAGAAAUAUUGUCAGUUGAUGCAGAGAAAGGAAGAUUCCUACUGAAGGUUGCUUUUCACAUGGAAUGGAAGGGGUUAAAAAACCCUUUUGUCUUAAAGAGUCCUUUCCCAAUAAGGCCCCUGUUAAAAAAUUAUUUGCUGACCAGGCCUCAGCUGCACCUGCUGAAAUUCUUUCUGCCCUUCAAGAUCUGAGUCCUCAACCACAUCUCGCCGCAUCUGGGGGAAUUUCAUUUUCUGUCCAAACCCUUAUAGACACAGGAAAUGUCUCAUCGGCUCACACACCACACCAGAACCGAAAGAGAACACAAAUAAGACGCAUUUCUGCAUUUCUCACGCAAUUCUGUGAUGAGCAGCAACAAAUAAAAAAUUAAACCAGCUUUUGAAUCAUACUGCAAAAUAGUAAUAAAAAAACCCUUUUCUUUGGUAGAUUUAAAAGCUGCAGUCCUAUGCCUAAGGACUGACCUGGGCAUAAGCCCUAUCGAAAUUGGUGUGGCACUUACUCCUAAGUAGACUUACCCAGGCUUAGCCUGCAAAUGCCAGGCAGAGGCACAAUGCAGUCGGGUUUGCAGCCCAGAGAGCAUUCUCGGUAACUUCUGUGAAGUUUACAGAGAAAGGCAGCAAAUCGCUCACAUGACUCUCAGGUCUGGCCAGCAACAGAUCCCUGACAGAUCUUGUUUGUAUUUCAGUGCAUUAAAAAUAUAUAUGUCGUCACGUUUCCCCAAAGAGCUAGGAAUUUGAAAACCUUGGCACAAACUGGAAUGUACCUGACAACAGAAUAUUAAUCAGUUUUAAGAAAAUACAUUUGUGACGUCCAAUGAUGCUGCAAGUUUACUCAGAUGCAAGUCCCAUUGCAUCCAGAUGGGCUUACUCUCAAUGAUGCAUUAAACUUUAUUUACAUCUUUUUUUCCCACCCUGUAUCUCGGGUGGGGGGGACGGGGGACGGGGACGCGGUCCUCCAAAGUCAAGGGUAUAUAGGACUGCAGCCUGAAUCCCAUAUCCUCAGCCCAUGUCCCCGAGGAACUUUCCUUUGCUCUGAAGGUCUUUUGCUUCAGCCUGUCAGAGAGUUUUAAAGUCCGGGGCUCCAUCACUUUCUCUUUCAACCUCCGCCGCUCCCCGCCCCCGCCCCCCUAGCGCGCCUCCCCAAUCUGACUGGGGAGGCUGGACAGCAAACUGGGGAGCGAUAAUAGGCAAGAAAAGACGGAGUGAGCUCACCCCUCCUCGAGAGCCGGGAUCCAAUGGAAUGAAUGGAAUAUAAAUACUAGCCAAUAGGCAGCGUGCUCUGGGUAUCUAUAAAAGUGAUGGGAAGGUGGGGGCCAGGUUCCAUUCCCGGCAGGUCUUUCUGGGAGAGCUGUAGGGUUGUAAGAGGCAAAGGGAACAAGCGCUUUGCCUUUUCUCGUCUUUGAAGCCCUCGGUAAGUUUUUGGAGACGAGGCGGAGCAGCAGCAACUGCGGUCCUCUUUAGCAAUGGAAUGAGACUCCGGUUAGAGAUGCAGGCUGGGAGAAAAAGGAGAUCGGGUGGCGGCGGCGGCGGCUGUUGUUUUCCUUUUUAGGGAAAAGCAGCCAAGAAAUUGCAUACGGAUAAAGAGAGCUUUCUUUUUUUCCCCGCUGGGGGUGGGGUUGCCCCAAAAUGCGCGUUUGUACGCUUCUUGGGCUUGGAAGGGAACGAAGAUGCUAGAUUUUAUUCUAAGGGUGGGGGAGAGGACGCAGCUCAGAGCUAGGAAUGCGUCCACCAUAACCAGGAAACAGAGAGAUGCUUCAAACAUUGGAUGCCUCGCUUAAAAAAAUUAAAAUUCUUCUGCUGCAGGUGUAUUGGUAGGACGCCUCAGUCCGGCUCAGCUGAUAUUUAGCAGGGUGUUCGCAUCCAUUCAUCCCUCGCCGAUGUCUCCAAAGCAGGCAGAGGAAUGCGUUAUAUAAUGGGGACUGUUUCAUUUUCCAUUAUUUGCCUCCCGAGCUAAGCGAUCGAGAGGAGAAGAGAGCCCUUGUAGCGAAUGAGGACUUUUUUUUUAAAGGGGGAUAUUAGAAAAUAUCCGGAUCGGUUCUGCGGAGCAGAACUGCCCCCCUUGAGAGUGGAGAGAGAGAAAGAGUCAGGCGCUGCGGAGAAGCCCCAGGAAUCUGGGCGCGCUCGCCGCGUCUUCCUCCCCCGAGCCGUGGCGCUGCCGACUUGCGAGCUGCAGCCAGCCAGCCGCCCCUCUCCAAAACGCGGGUCUUGAUCCGCGGUUCUCCGGGCUGCCCCCGAGCCUCGAGCAAGGCAGAAGGAGCCGGCUGCAUCGCGGCGGGCGGGGCGGGGCGGGGCGGCGAGAGCGCGGCCGUGCGCCCUGGGCGCCUCGAGCCCGCGCCCUGCCUGCCUGCUUGCUCCAAGGGGCGGGAGGCGCUCGGCUUCCCUGCGCCCUCCGAGAUGUACCAGCAGCAGGCAGUCCGUGCCACCUGCUCCUCGCCAAAGCGCUUCCUAGCGCGCGGCCGAGAAGCGUCGGCCGGAUUUCCUCGCCCCCUUUCCCGCCUUGCUGGCUUGCUGUGCGCCAAACGCUGCGCAUCCCGGACCGGCUUUUCUACUCUUGCAAAAGAGAGGCGAGCCGGGGCCUGGGGCGCAAGAAGAGGCUGGGCUGCUCUCGCUCGCUUUGCAAGCCUCUCCCCGGAGCCUGGAUCUCUCUCUCUCUCUCUCUCUCUCUCUCUCUCUCUCUCUCUCUCUCUCUCUGCAAGCGAAACUAGGCACCCUUUAGUGCGCCCGUAAUUUUGCUAGCGAGGAGAUCGCCUCUUCUGCCUCGCCGCAAAAGAAGUCUCCUCCUCCCCGGCCUUGAAGGUCACCCCUUGGGACCGAGGAAAGGAAGGGAGGCGCUCGGUAGCCAAGCUCUUUAAAAGCUCCUGGAGGAAGCGCUUGGGCGGCUUGUUUUCUAUUCCUGGCGCUGCCACCGAUGCAGCGCCUUGACCUUGGGCAAAUCUCUUAGCGACGGCUUCCCCUCUCUUGCGCUGGCCCUGGAGGCGACCUGUGCCAGCAGGAGAGGGAGCCGGGGACGGGGGACGGGACUGAGCCAUGUUUGCCAAGUCCCUGGCAUUCCUCCAGGAGGGCAGGUGCCAGGCAGGCAGGGUGUUUGAAUGGGCAGGUAGGGCAGGCGGCAAGGUGACCUUGCUCCGUGGCCCAGCCUCCUUCCGGAGAGCGACUGCUAAGCCAGUGCCCUGUGGGAAGAGGCGAGGUGAUGGCAACACGCUCUCUUCUUCUUCUCCUUCUCCCCUAGCCAGUCAGGUGCCAGCCAUGCCAUUCUCAAACAGCCACAACCUCCUGAAGUGCAAGUACUCUGCGGAGGAUGAAUAUCCCGAUCUGAGUGUCCACAACAACCAUAUGGCUAAAGUGUUGACCUUGGAAUUGUAUGCCAAGCUGAGGGACAAAAAGACUGCUAGCGGCUGCACCGUGGAUGAUGUGAUUCAAACUGGGGUGGACAACCCAGGUAAAAAAAAAAUGGACACCUGCUUUGAUCCGGAUCUGUUCUCCCUCCAUUAACGAGGAAGUGCUGCUUUGAAAUGGCAUCUGGAAGGGGAUUCAACCUUGAAGCCUCCAAAAGGCCUGGCUACUUUAAAAAGCCUUGCGUAUUGGUGCAAAAGCCCUUGACCACCCAAAACCUUAAAGGUGGCUUUAUUCAAGGAAUAUAAAUCCGGUCAUUACAUGCAAUGGCCUCCACCGUCUCCCAGCAAAUCCCUAUGUAAAUACCCUGCUAAAUAUGCAAACUGCUGCACAAGAAGAAUUUUUCUUUUUAACCCAAGUUCUUAAAACUGAGGCUGUUUUAUAGAUAUAAAAAAUUUCCCUUCCUUGGUUGUCUUCCGUGGCACUUCUUUGGCAAAUUAAAGGGGAGCAGAUCUUGGUGACCUUUUUCGCUGUCUGUCUUAACGCUGCCGUGUUUGCGUUUGUUUUGUUUUUGUCACACAUUCUCUCUCUCUAGCAAGGAUAAAAUGGCCCUCUUUAAUAACCAGAAGCUGCCUGCCGAUGAGGAAUACCCAGACCUGAGCGUCCACAACAAUCAUAUGGCCAAGGUCCUAACCCCGGAAUUGUACCAGAAACUGAGAGAAAAAGUAACCUCUAGCGGCUGCACCGUGGAUGAUGUCAUUCAGACUGGGGUUGAUAAUCCUGGUAAAAAGCCUUGAUUGAGAUUCUUCUCUGGACCGGUGGCUUUUUGCUUAGGCUGGCAUUGACCCCUGUGUAUGUGUUUGUGUCUGAAGCCGUAGCUGUGAUUGUGGAAAUGUUCCAGCAAUUUUACGAGAAGUGUGGUUCCAAUGAAACAAGUUACGCAACUGAGCUGAACUCAUAAUUUGUGAUGGAGUUUCUUAAGGCUUGCUUCCCCCCCACCCCCCACUUCCUAAUUUGGAAAAAGUGCCCUGUGCCAUUAACCUUAAUGGCUUUAAAAGGAGAUUAGGAAAAGGCAGGAACAUGGUUACUAGUCACGAUAUCUAUAUGUACAGGAUCAGAGCUGGAGCUCCUCUGAAUAUUGGUUGCUGGGGAAUGGCAGCAGGAGAGCAAUGUUGCUCUCGUGCUUUUGGGUUUCCCCUAAAAACUCGCCCUCCCCCCCAAGGUACCAGACAUUUGCCUGAGGGCUGUGUUAACAACUGGACAGGCUCCUGAACUGUGUGCACCUUUGUAUAAUGGCGAUUGCAUCAUCUAAGCAGUGUGACAUUUCCAAACAAGGUUUUUUUGGCCUUCAUGGUCCUAUAUUGGUUCCAGGCAAUACACAUCUUGGUUAGCUCCAUUGGAAACUAGUUCCUUAAAGGACUGCACACCCCCCAGACAGCAUAAACACACACAGCAUGAAGCUAGAAUGUAUGCCAUGAUUAUGUGAAUCACAGGAUUUAGCACUGGGUGCAGAACUUGGUUUCCUGGGAAACUUGGCUGGCUGAUGGAGAGAAAAUGUUUGCAGUCCUUACUGCAGUUUCUGCCGAAACUUCAGAAGCCAAAGGAUUCUCUUGAUAAAAUUCCAGAGGUUUGAAUGUGAAGUUUCUUCCCUUCAUAACUCCUUGUUCCUGCAAUAUUAAAUGGUGCAAAAAGGAAAGAAAAAAUAACUAGAGUUAUGUGGGAAGACGGUUCUCCCUCCCCCUCAAAUUGCAUCAUGCGUACUAGCUUCAGAAUCUUGAUUAACUGGGUCAGAAUUUUAAUGUUGAUGCUGAAAAUACAAAGCCCUGUAAAUGAGAAAUGGUGGCCAGACUCUUUGAAGAGGCCAUUAUGGGGCUUGCCAAGCUGUAACCUUCCACUGGGUGAUUAUAUUCAUACGGGGAAUAGAUGCAAUUGAAAUUAGUCCUUCAGUUUCAAUGGGUCUACUCAGAAUAUGAAUGACGAUGGAUAAUUGCCCAUUGUCAGUAAUCUGCCAGGCUCUUUCUCAAUACUAGGCAGUGCCCCAAAGCUAGAAACCCUUUGUAAUAUCAGUGAACAAAAACCAGUUAAUUGUGACCGUCCAAGUCUAGUUUCGGGAUUUCAUAAGAGUCGUCCGCGACUGGACCUAACUGUCAGGGGUCCCUUUACCCUUUACCUUUAAUGUUGAAUGGGGACAGCUAUCCAGGCACCUUUGCUAAAACUAGCUUUCUAAAAAUAUUGCAUUUUUGUUGUUGUAAACUGGUGUUCCGGAUGCAGUCUGCAAACUGCAAAAUUGAUUGAAUUGGGCUUCGGCCUUUACACCACAGCGAAACAUGCUUUACUUAUACCUUAUAAAGUGAAUGGCAUGCAAAAUCUGUUUUUGUUCUUCCUAAUGACUUGAGUGCAUGAAGCUGUUGGUAUCUUGGAACUAGACUCGAGCACCAUCCAAACGUUGGCUUUUCUGGCUUCUUGACCUCUGUAGGGCACCCCUACAUUAUGACAGUAGGAUGUGUAGCCGGUGAUGAGGAAUGCUACGACGUGUAUAAGGAACUCUUUGACCCCAUUAUUGAAGACCGACAUGGAGGCUACAAGCCUACAGACCAGCACAAGACGGACCUGAAUGCCGAUAACUUGCAGGUAGGAAAAACCACUUUAGGUUUGUUGGAAUUGCAUUUUAAAUUGACCUUACAGGGCUGACAGGACUUCAGUACAUCUGGAGGGGGGAGGCAAAAGCUCCCUUGCCCUGGAACAAUAUCAUAGGUACUUGCCAAAUGUUACACCCUGCCUAGGCGCCGCCUCUUGCAAAAGCGAAACAGGCUUCCUUGAAGGCAUCCUUAGUUUGACCUUGAUAUUUGCAUGGGUUGACUAGGACGACUGCUCCUGCUGGAAGAAUAGUAGACUCAGACUUGGAGAGUUGGGGAAGGGACACCGGGGGCCAGCCUCCUGCAAUGGAGGGAUUUUAACGAAAGCAUCCACGACAGAUGUCCAUCCAACCUUCUUACAAACCUCCAAGGAAGGAGAGUCCAUCACCUCCCAAUGGGAGACUGUUCCACUGUCAAAGAGCUCUUGCCACCAGAAAAUUCUUCCUGGUGCUUAGCUGGAAUCUCCUUGAAACUUGAAGCCACUGGUUUGAAUCCUACCUUCUUAGAGCAGGAGGAAACAAGCUUGCUCCCUCUUCCACAUGACAACCCUUGAGAUAUUUGAAGAUGGCAAUCAUAUCCCCUCUUUUCUAGGCUCAACAUACUCAACUCCCUCAACCCUUCCUCAUAAGGCUGGUGGGAGAAAGUAAUAAACUCCCCCAAAGAGCUUGUUAGCACAGCCACCAAACCCAUCUAAACCCAUAUUUCUUAAAGAGGUGAUUCUUUCCAUUAAAAAGCCCUAAUAAUGGCUGUCUAGGCAUAUAUGCAGACCUAGAUAAUGUGAAUUUAUUAGGCUUGGUUGUGUGUAGGGGGGCAAACGCCAUCUGUAGAUGGGUGCUUACUGUGAUUGCCUGGUGGCUAUUGCUUCUUGGAGCAAUUCUGGUGAGAUAUGUUCCUCUUAAAGCAGGCAUAUGGUGCCUCUGAAUGAGAUUGGAGCAGGAUGAGACUCUCCCCUUUGCUUCUCUGCUGCUUCUGCAAAGUUAACCCCUCCUCCCUCUGUGCCCCACUCACCCCAGUGGGAAGUUUGGAAAGAACAAUUCCUAAGAAAGGAAUAGAGUAGCCAGCAAUAUUUUGAUCGUCUGCAUAAAACUGAUAGUGCUAUAUGUGGCUGAGAAAACAGAUCUUUCUAUACCUGUGGUUCUCAGACUUUUUUCUCUGGGCCACUCUUUCAGAAGAAAAAUUUGUUCAUGCCACACAAUUAUUUUUUUAUUGGAAAACGAAAAGGAACAACUCUUAGCAGUGCUUGAUUUACGGCACGGAACACAACUAUUUUAUAACAUGGUUACAGGACAUCCAGGAAGUAUAAAACAAUGCGGCUACGUAUGAUCAGGAAUCAUUCCCAAAAUAUAAUAGAUUGUCCUUGGAUCUUCCUCCCCCACACCAAUGCUGAGAACCACUGAUCUAUCCAUUCACACAGCCGGGGAUACUGGGAUUGAAUGAGCCCUAGAUCACGUUGAUGGCUGUUGGUUUUAGUGGUGCCAUUAGGUAAUCUUGGACUUUUAGAUGUAAUGAGCUUAUGGGGCCCCCCUCUGGUAAGCUGUGUUACUUCUGAAUGCGGUAGGCUUGACUUGCUGUGCUGGGGGUCUCAUUCUGCUGUGUGGGGCCCGGGAUCUCAGCCCCCAAGUCCUAACCUGAGUGAGCUACUGGCUGGAGUUGACCAGCAAGCAGUCUUUCUGUGUGUUUGGAAGGUAACUUCCUUCCUGUUUAAUGUUCUGUGUGUGCACAUAAACACCUGCACACUAAAUCUAUGGUCCCAUCCACACCAUAUACAGUGGUACCUCGGGUUAAGUACUUAAUUCAUUCCGGAGGUCUGUACUUAACCUGAAACUGUUCUUAACCUGAAGCACCACUUUAGCUAAUGGGGCCUCCUGCUGCUGCCGCGCCGCCGGAGUACAAUUUCUGUUCUCAUCCUGAAGCAAAGUUCUUAACCUGAAGCAAUAUUUCUGGGUUAACGGAAUCUGUAACUUGAAGCGUAUGUAACCCGAGGUACCACUGUAUAUAAAAAUAUAAAUGUACCACUUCAUAUAUAAAUGUACCACUUCAUAUAUAUAAAAAUACAUUUAUAUCACUUCAACAGUCAGGGCUUUCCCCAACAAAUCCAGGGAACUGGAGUUGGUUCAAGGUGCUGGGAAUUGUUACUCUGUGAGUAAUAAAUGGCAAUUCCAAGGGUUCUUGAGGUUGCAGCGGGGGAACUGUGGCUGUUGAAGUGGGAUGAAUUUGCUUGGAAGGGAUGGUGUCGAUGUGGCCAGAGCUUAUUCAAUUUAAAUUGUAGCCGCUUCUCAGGAUUGCUAGUUGGCCUGGUCUCACGGACAAACUGAAUCUUGCCACUUUUCCUCCUUGACCUCAUCCAACAAUCGGGAGGGCUGUGGAGCAGGGGCAGGACACCUGCCUGGAAUGCAGAAGGCCCCAGGUGGAAUCCCCAGCACCUCUAGGUAGGGCUGGGAGAGAUCUGAAAACCUGGAAUUUCUGUCAGUUGGUGUGCAAACAAUACCAACGAUGGAACUGAAACUUGUAUUUUAUCAUGUGAACCACCCUGAGAUCUUGUGUAUUAUCAUCAUCAUCAUCAUCAUCAUCAUAGCAGCAAACUGCCUUAUUAAUAUAGUAAUCCCAAGAGCAUUCUCUUUAGCAAGUCUGCCAUUUAUGGCCAAAGUCCUGUCUGUUAAUACAGACACGAGCCAUGUAACUAUGACUUCUCCCCUUCAGGGAUUACUUUGCACUUCUCUGCGUGUGGAUGACAAAAUGCUGCUUUCUGCAGAACUCUAGGACCAGCGCUUUUAAUUUAGAUCAGGGUUUCCCAAACUGGGGUUUCUAGCUGUUGUGGGACUACAGCUCCCAUCAUCCCUAGCUAGCAGGACCCAGUGGUCGGGGAUGAUGGGAAUUGCAGUCCCCAAACAGCUGGAGACCCAAGUUUGGGAAACCCUGAUCUAGAUGCUGGCUGCGCUUGAAAUGUUCUGGCUGCACCAUCGUCUGGAUAGCUCAGUUGGCUAGAGCAUGGUCUGGUAACACCAAGGUUGCAGGUUCGAUCCCCACAUGGGACAACUGCAUCUUUAUUCCUGCAUUGCAGGGGGUUGGACUAGAAUGAUCAUCAAGGUCCCUUCCAACUAUAUAUAUAUAUAUAUAAUCGUGGCAGCUGAGAACUUGUGAUCUGCUGGCUGGGAAAUGCAUCUGCACCAUCUAUAAUGCAUGGCUGUGAGGCAGGCCAUUAAAGUUUCAGCGCAGAAGCUUCUCCGAAUGACUUGUGUUUUAAUUCCCGGGUGGUUGCACUCAUUAAAUGCUGGCCAGGACAGCCUGAUGAAUCGCCUGCGGUUGCGCCGGGGUUGGUUCUAAGACGUUCCUUCCUGUAUCUUGCAGGGUGGCGACGACCUGGAUCCCAACUACGUCCUGAGCUCACGUGUCCGAACUGGUAGGAGCAUCCGUGGCUUCUGCCUGCCGCCUCAUUGCAGCCGAGGAGAGAGGCGUGCUAUCGAGAAGCUGUCCGUGGAAGGUAAAAGGUUCUGGCAUUUGCAUGCUGCAAAAAAAAAGCAGCGAGCAGAGACUCUAGCCCGUAGCCCUGAACGUAACCUGAUCACGUGGGACAAGGAAGAAUGCAAAACGCAUGAAUCAUUCAAGCCUUGUAUAAGAUGACAUACGAGUUCCAGUUAAACAAGGCGCUUGGGACUGAAUCCUCUCUGGGUGUGCCCCCCCCCCCAGUUUAGGUUCUUGGCAGCAUUUAGGAAGCUGGCACCUCUGUUCCAUAGCACCUCUUUAAAAGACAAAAAGGACAGCAUUGUUGUCUCCAAAAGGUGAAAUGUGGAAGAGGAAGUUUAUUGUGCAAUAAAGGCAAGCACACAGCCAGACAAGCCACACCUGUGGCAGGAAGCUGGAGGAGUUCUGGGUUCUUUCCCAUGCUUGCAUAAUAAGCCUUAGCUCCUCCCAGGUAUGGAAAAGCAUACCUGGCCGCAGAUAAGCAAGCGCUGCUCCUUGGUAUCCGACAACUUAAUAGGGCAACAAAAGGGUUGAGAAUAGUGGGCUUGGAUUCCUUUUUUUCCCUUCCCCCAUCCCUGGGGAAAUUGCCAGCUAAGCUGGUAGAGAAUUAAAAAAUUAUAUAUAAGCACACCUGAGUUGCCAUGCUAAGCUUGGAUUUGCUGCCAUCUUGGUAUGCUGAGAUCAUGUCUGCGGCAUGCAUUUGAAGCACAUGACUUCACCCAGAGAAUCCUCGGAAUUGCAGUUUACCCUUAGCGGAGCUACAAUGAUCACCACCUUCAACAAACAGCAGUUUGCAGGAUGGGGGAGGGGAGCCACACGAAUCGAAUCUUAGCUUUGGGACCCAAGGGUCAUCUAGACCAACCCCCUGCAAUGCAGGAAUCUCAGCUAAAGCAUUCACAACGGAUGGCCAUCCAACCUCUGCUUAGAAACCUCCAAGGAAGGAGAGUCUGCAACCUCCCGAGGGAGACCGUUCCGCUGUCAAACAGCUCUUACUAUCAGAAAGUUCUUCCUGAUGUUUAGUUGGGAUCCCUUUUUUUGUAAAUUGAAGCCAUUGGUUCGAGUCCUAGCUUCCUUUAUGAUGCGCACAUGUAUAAUCAAAAUAAGAACGUUGUUUGCAUUCCCUUAAAGAUUGUGACGUGUUAACUCGUUUUCUGUAAAAACACACACCAAAAAACCCCAGCAGUAAUUCUGCAAGCCUCUCUUGCUUUUUCCAGCUUUGGCUAGCCUGGAAGGGGACCUGAAUGGGAGGUACUAUGCUCUGAAAAACAUGACGGAUGCGGAACAGCAGCAGCUCAUUGAUGACCACUUCCUCUUUGACAAGCCGGUCUCUCCUCUGCUCUUAGCCUCCGGAAUGGCACGCGACUGGCCUGAUGGCCGGGGCAUCUGGUGAGUAACGCCCAGUAGAGGCAACCCUUAGAAAAAAUGACGGAAGGAAAGAAAUGGGGGGUGCCAAUAUUGUCUUGGCUGGCAGCACCUAAUAUGUGUAGGUAGAUUCUGGUCUUGCAUGUCUUCAACAGACAGGAGGAACAAGCCCUGGUCAGUAAAUAGGAGCAUGACUAAGCCGCUUCUGGCGAACCAGAGCAGCUCACGGAAACGCCGUUUACCUUCCCGCCGGAGUGGUACCUAUUUAUCUACUUGCACUUUGACGUGCUUUCAAACUGCUAGGUUGGCAGGAGCAGGGACUGAGCAACGGGAGCUCACCCGUCAUGGGGAUUCAAACCGCCGACCUUCUGAUCAGCAAGUCCUAGGCUCUGUGGUUUAACACUGAGUAGACAAUAACAAAACAACAACACAAAGAAACAGAGUAAAGUAGCAGCAAAAACAAAGUGGGGGGAAAAUUAGAGAUAAAAAUAUUAAAGGAGUAAAAAAAAGAAAUGAAUUAAGAAAAAAGAUAAAGAAAAUUAUCAUUGAGGAGGAGUUUAUUUGCAAGGCACCUUCAAACCCUAACACCCCAUGGAUUGGAUCCUAACUAGGCUUCCAUUCAUGGAUGGAACUAAGAUCCAGUAGAUGUUCCUACUGGCAGAAUUUCCCAAAAGUUCCCUGUGCUGCAUCUCAUGCUGUGCCCCCAAAUCUCUAGAGCAGGGGUUUUUUUUUGGGGGGGGGGGACACAAUAAACUCUAGGGACAAGGGGAGAUCUUGAUAGUUGCUUCCCCGCACUGUCUUCUACUGGUGGGAAUGAUAAGUUAGCAGAAUUCCAGUUGUGGGAUCCGCCUGCCAAUGGGAUCAAACUCAGGAUCUCGGUCCAAUCCCAUUUUAUCCUUCCAACAAACUGAAGUAGAAUAGGCUGAGAAAUGGCGAUUUGCCAGGGCUCCCUACUUGGGAUCCGAAUUCAGAUCUCCAGGAUUUGAGUGCAUUGUGUUACCCACUGCAAGACCCUGAUUUGUUGCUGUUAUAGAAACCCAAAUGUCUUUACCAGAUGGAUCCCUACAUUUCCAAGGUUUUCUUGUUCAGCUGAAAGCUAAAACAGUCAAUCUGUGGUGUGCGUAACAUUUGGUUGAAGGCAGAAAGCUCAAAACACCCUGGGGUAGUUUUGAUGGCCAUCUAAGAGGGGGGUGGGUUUCUGCAAAGUCACCGUGGGCACAGAAAGCGUCUGUGGAAGAUAUCUCGAAAGCUACAACUACAUACGGAGCAAGGUUUAAAAAUGUGGCUAGCUAAACUUAGAUCUAUGGCUCAAGGAAAGGUUAAAGGAAUAGCUCUCAACGCCGUCCCUGCCUUGUGUCCUUCAGGCACAACGACAACAAGACAUUCCUUGUGUGGAUCAAUGAGGAAGAUCACCUUAGAGUUAUUUCUAUGCAGAAAGGUGGAAAUAUGAAGGAAGUUUUCACCCGCUUCUGUACUGGGCUAACGCAGGUAAAUAUAAGUGUGUGUCUAAGCAAGUGGAAGUCUCCUCCCUCCCUCCCUCCCUCCCUCCCUCCCUGUGAGUGUGUGUGUGUGUGUUUUUGUGCUUUGAUGUGGUGCAACCUUCUCCGCAGAGCUCAAAAGUGCUGACCUAAGUGUCGGCUCUAAACUUAACGCAGCAGAGUGUGGCUUUGCGAAUUCCCAGUUCAGGCAGAGGUGGUGGCGCAGUGAGAAGAGAAUGCAGCUGCGUUCUGGCAACAGAGCCCCUGUGCCUGCGCUGGAGUGCUUCUUACCUUCGUAUCCAGAGGAAUGAGAAGUCUCGGGCAAUUGACCUUGGCCAUGUGCUCCCAGGGGGAAGGCCUGUCUCUGAAAUUUCUGGAGAGCACUGGAAUGCAAGCAACCCUGCCUGCUUAAAGCUGUCCUCUUCAGAUGGAAACACGGUGCUCUUUGUGGUUGCCUGCAUGUACGCAGCAACCUGGUAGGCUCGAAUAGAUGCUCUAAGGCACAUCCGUAGUGGUAGGCUUUUGUAAUCUGUUCCUAAGGUGUACCCCUCUGAAAGGGGUAAGAGGGCAGGCUUCUCUUCUGUGUUUCCAAAUCUUGCAUUAAUCAUCUGGGUAUUUGGUCACUGCCUCUAAGAAAAGAGUCAGUCGAGUGUGAGGCAGUAGCUACAUAUUGAGUGGGGAACCUGUCUCAGCCUGAGGGCCACUUUCCUUCACAAUCAACCUACCAGGGGCCACACGCUUGUGGUGAAUGGAGCCAGCUGCAAAAGUUGGCAGGGAAACAGGUGCAGUUUGCAGUAUCAAAGCCAGAAGUUUUCAUGGUCUUCCAUCUCUUCAUCCUAGCAGGCAAGAGGCAUUUUGUUGCCUUUUGAGGACAUACUCCUGAAGGACUGCAUUAAGCCUCAAGGCUGUGAGGCCAUGUGGUGUAGUGGUUAGAGUCCUAGGACCUGGGAGACCAGGGUUCAAAGCCCCACUUAGCAUGAAGCUCACUGGGUGAGCUUGGGCCCAGCCACUGCAUAAGCUCCUGGUUUCAUCUUCCUUUUAUCAUUGCAACUACACAGCUCAUUCGGUCAGGUUGAGAGACUGUGGCUGGCUUCCUGGCUGAGUGAGGAUUUGAACCCUGGUCUCUCAGGUCCCUAGCCCAACACUCUAACUGCUGCAGCCGACUGAAUUUUACCACACUGCAAUUAUAGCCACGAAGGGGCCUUGUAGCUCCUUAAUCUUGAGAGAGGAAGGCGUUUCUUCAUAAUGGCCUGUCUUUUUCCCCACCCCUGACACACCUAGAUUGAAAACCUCUUCAAAUCCAAAAACUACGAAUUCAUGUGGAACCCUCACCUGGGCUACAUCUUGACCUGUCCAUCCAACCUCGGGACCGGGCUCCGUGCCGGAGUGCACAUUAAGCUACCCCACCUUGGCAAGCACGAGAAAUUUGGCGACAUCCUCAAGAAGCUGAGGCUGCAGAAACGGGGCACAGGUGAGGAACCCAAAGCCUGGGCUUGGGGCUUUAUAUCAAAUUUACUCCUUGCUCUUUUGGCAAGAGCAAGUGGUACUGCGGCUGUCCCGCAGACCAAGCCGUCAAAAUAUGCGAAAUGAUCACAGCAGGCAUUUAAAAAAACGAACUUUGAAAAUUAGGGCUGCGUAUGGCUGUUCUCUUGAUUUGGUGGCCGGAUCCAGCACUUUGGUUUUGUUUUGGUUUUUUCAAAAAAAUUAUUAGUUUUCACAAUAUUAUAAACAAACAAACAAGACGAACAAACGUAAAUCAUAACUUUAUUGAAAAUUAGAGUUAUUAACUUUGUUAAGUGACUUCCUCGCUUCCCCUUGGUUGAAUUUCAUUGCAUGUCCUUUUAACGGUUUUCCAAAUCCCAAUUUUUAUGAAAUUUAACUUAAACAUUAACAUCCUUAGAUCUUCACCUUAUGGAAUUAAACAUAUUAAUUCAUCAUUUAACAUAAAUAAAAUCCUAAACCCAUUAAGUAUCUGCAAGCUAUUUUCAGUUAGUUUAACUUAACAAAUUUAACUAAAUAAUCAGUAAAUUUAUUCCACGCUUCCUGAUACUCCUCCUCCUUCUGGUCACGGACUCUUCCAGAUCCAGAGUCCAGAUCCAGCACUUUGGAAUGGCCCUGAUAUAACCCUGAGGGCAGCCAGACACGGUCAAAGCGAUGAACCCACUUCAUGCAGUUGGAGCUGGGGAAUCGUGUGCAGGGGUUUUUUUGAGAGCAGGGGAGAGCCCUGAUUAAGCAUACAGGGGGAAGAUAAGGUGAUGACAAUAACUUUAUUUAUAUGCCACCCACCUGACUGUGUUGCUUCAGCCACUCUGGGUGGCUUCCAACAAAAUAUUAAAACACAAAAAAGCCCUCAAACAUUGCUAACCUCCCUGUACAGGUGUCUUCUGAAAAUCAGAUAGGUGUUUAUUUCCUUGACAUCUGAUGGGAGGGCAUUCCACAGGGUGGGUGCCACUACCGAGAAGGCCCUCAGCUCUUCCCUCUCAGAAGCAAGCAGGCACCCCACUGUUGGCGCCUGCCCCACUGACAGCCCUGGACUGGGUCACCUCAAUUCAGUCUGUGAUCCAGUGUUAACAACCAUAAGGGAAACCAAUCAGGGCAGGGCAGCGGACACUUUUUCACCAGGUGCCCAAAAGGAGCGGUGUUCUUCAGCACAAACAUUGGGAGAAGACAAAGCUUUCUAUCAGUUUCCUCCCACCAAUAAAUUUUACUAGUUUUCCACUAUUUCCCAAUAAUAGCCCAAUUAUAACACUCAGUACGAAUCGGUAGAAACCAGGCAACAGCGAAAACCACAGGUGCAGCGAAACAUUGGAAGUGGCUCUAUAUCAAGUCAGAAAACCGAUUCAUUUGGCUUCAUAUUACAUGCACUGGCUGGCAGCUGCUCUCUAGGAUUUCAGGCAGCACUCUUUUCCUGAGCUACCUGGAGAUGCCUGGGAUCAAACCUGCAACCUUCUGCUUGCAAACCGAGUGCUCCAUGUACUGCUGUUCCCUUGUAUGUAGUCCCAUAUUUGGAAAUAUAUAUAUAUAUAACGCAGCUUCUUGCUGCUUUAGGUUUAUGCCCAGCCUGCAGGUCCAGCUGUUAGGCUCUAGGUCAGGCACAGGGAACCUUCAAGCAAAUGAUGCUUGCCAGGGUGCUGAAUUGGCCUGCAAACCCUCAGCCGCAGCAGAGAACAUAUGGCAAAGCUGUGAUUGCAAAGGAGCCUUGGAGUCCAUUCCUGAUUAUUCCUUUGCAAGCAGGGCUUGCCUUCAGCACCAAAAGAGAGCCCUGCUGGGAUUGAUGUUACUCAGGAGCUCUUGAGUGUAGCCAUUUCCUGCUGUUCAUCACUCUUCCUGCUUUCCGCAGAAAUCUUUCCAGCCAUGGUUUGAUUUCUAAUAAUAAUAAUAAUAAUAAUAAUAAUAAUAAUAAUAAUUUAUUAUUUGUAGCCCGCCCAUCUGCCUGGGUUUCCCCAGCCACUCUGGGUGGCUUCCAACAAAGAUUUAAAAUACAUCAAAAUGUCACACAUUAAAAACUUCCCUGAACAGGGCUGCCUUCAGAUGUCUUCUAAAUGUCAGGUAGUUGUUUAUCUCUUUGACAUCUGGUGGGAGGGUGUUCCACAGGGCGGGUGCCACUACCGAGAAGGCCCUCUGCCUGGUUCCCUGUAGCUUUGCAGGAACCGCCUGAAGGCCCUUGGCUCUGGACCUCAGCGUCUGGGCAGAACAAUGGAAAGGAAGAAUUCAGACAUGCACCUUUGAAGUUGAAAGUGCCUGGUGCAAUGCAACAUUGGUUGACAGACAAGUCAGUGGAAGGGAGGCUGCAUCUGGCCUUACCCACUUCUGCUCUUGAUAGUGCUAAAAAAAAGUAUAUAGUCAAGCAGUGGUGCCUAUUAGGCAGUGCAGCCAAGUUGGGGCACCCUUUGAAAUUCAUCAGGAUAACACUAGGGUUGCCAUAUCUUGAAGGGCAAAAAAUAGGAGACCUUGAGCUGCUGCCAGCCCGAGAAAGGGGCGCAUGGGGUCGUAGCCACACCCAUGCACCUCUUUCCCGGGCUCGGGUUGGCAGGGGCCACGGUGUGCAGAGCCAGGAUCCCAGCUCCUACCUGAUAUUUGCUAUGAUGGCCUCACUCUAUGGUGGUGCUUCCACUUCCAGGGCACAGCGCCCUCCAAAGCAUAUGUGUGCCCCUCCAGCCUCCCCCCAAUAUUUAAGGAACCCCCCAAACCCAGACAUUUACUUUAAAAUGUAAAAAUAAUCUGCCUGGAUGAGCAUGUUGGCUCCCAAAAAGUGGGCAUGUCCUGGUUUUCCCAGACAUAUGGCAACCCUAGACAACACUUAGUUAUUGAGAUAAACAUGUGAUGUUAGAUAGCCAUUUGCAAAUGGCAUCCUGUGAACCUAAGAGGCUGAUUCCUAAAGACCAAUGUAGUGGAGAAAAAUCUGUUUUAGGAUUUGGUGCAGGGAAGCAUAGAUCAGGCACGGCCAAACUUGGGCCUCCAGAUGUUUUUGGGACUACAACUCCCAUCAUCCCUAGUUAACAGGACCAGUGGCCAGGGAUGAUGGGAAUUGUAGUCCCAAAACAUCUGGAGGGCUAAGUUUGGCCAUGCCUGCCAUAGAUGGACUCUGUAUUCCUAAAUUUAUUAGAGCCGCAGCAUGCUACUCGUGUUUUGGAAUUUAUAUCUCCUUAUUUGAAGGACCACCCCAAAGCCAGCCUCAUAAGUCAAAAUAAUUAGAAAUAACACAGCAAUACAACCUCCGGUGCAAUAAAAUAAGUCAUAAAUUUGGAUCCCAUUGUUCGCUUUAUUGUACUAGCCUGGCUGUGGGGGACAUCUUUCAUCCCUUCAGGCUAACCUUUAUGUGCUGCUAAUAUAUCAAAAUAUCAAAGUGGGUUACAACAACACAUAAAAACAUAUAACAAAAAGAAUAUUAAAAAGUUAAAAACAGACCCAUUUCUGUCUGGCUUCAGGUCUGGUUAUGGUACUAAAACAACCAUUACUGAGGAUCCUGACUUUUAUUAGGAGAAAGAGGCUAGAGAUCAUCUGUCGAUUCUCGUUGGCGUCUCCCUAUCAUUCAUCACCAUUAAAGAUGGUUUCUUUCUGGAGAGACUGUUGGGAGAGGAGAGCGCCCUGCUUAUUUAGGAAUAUAUAUAUACAGUGGUACCUCGGGUUACAUACGCUUCAGGUUACAGACUCCCCUAACCCAGAAAUAGUACCUCGGGUUAAGAACUUUGCUUCAGGAUGAGAACAGAAAUGGUGCUCCGGAGGCAGCAGAAGGCCACUUAGCUAAAGUGGUGCUUCAGGUUAAGAAAAGUUCCAGGUUAAGAACGGACCUCCGGAACGAAUUAAGUUCUUAACCCGAGGUACCACUGUAUAUAUAUAUCCCACAAUUCAUAAAUAUCAGAGCAGCUGACAACAAUUGUACAUAAAAAAACCCCAUACAGUAGAAACAAUAUAAAAUAUUUAAAUCAGAGUUCGGCAGUUGGCUCCCUAUGGUCAAGGAGAUGAGGAACUAGAUAACCUCUAGAAGACAUUUGAAGGCAGCCCUGUACAGUGGUACCUCGGGUUACAUACGCUUCAGGUUACAGAUUCCGCUAACCCAGAAAUAUUACCUCAGGUCGCUGUGGGCCGGAUAAAUGAGUCCCUCAGGCCUUAUCCGGCCCACGGGCCUUAGUUUGGGGAUGCCUGUAUAAGACUAUAUUUCCCCCCAUUUUUUAAAGUUUAAAAUUGGGGAUUGUCUUAUGCAAGGAAUGUUGCUAUUAUUUAUUUAUUAAUUUUGUGCUCAAAAAAUAGGGGUCGUCUUAUACAUGGAAAGAUACGGUAUGUUGGAAGCCACCCAGAGUGGCUGGGACAAGCCGGUCAGAUGGGCGCGGGGUACAAAUAAUAAAUUAUUAUUAAUAUCUGCAGGGCCAACUUGGGUUUUAUGCAGAGUUCUUGGCUCCCUAUGGUCAAGUAGAUGAUCCUCAAUUUGAUCCCCUUUUCCUGUUUGGCUUUCCUCAGGUGGAGUGGACACGGCUGCGGUGGGAGGCGUGUUUGAUGUCUCCAACGCUGACCGCCUUGGGUUCUCUGAGGUGGAGCUGGUACAGAUGGUGGUUGAUGGGGUGAAGCUCCUGAUUGAAAUGGAGAAACGCCUUGAGAAAGGCCAGUGUAUUGACGACCUCAUCCCAGCUCAGAAAUGA